CACGAUGCCGCCCAAGAAGCCGGACCUGUCCGGGUACCAGUACUCGGCCAUCUCGUCGCUCGUCACCCAAACCGACCGACGCUUCGUCCAGCGAAACGAAAAUGAGCCCACGGGCGAGGGCGAGUCGCUGGCCGGCAGAAUAGAUGUCAAGCAGAUGGGAUCGCGGGCAGGCAGGGAGCAGAUCAAGGAUCUGGACAAGAAGAAGAAGAAAGCUGAAGCUGACGAAUGGCAUCGCAUCAAGAAAAAGGCGGCGCCCGCCGCGGCAACAACUGCGUCGAAUGGACGGCAGUACGCAGAUAUUCUCGCAGCCACCGCCGACCUCGAGGGGCUCAACUACACACCCCGGACGGCUGAGACACGGGAGAUGUACGAGCUGAUUCUCAACAUCAUCGUGCAGGCCCUGGGCGAUCAAAGUGGCGAGAUUAUCUGCUCAGCUGCCGACUCUGUCAUCGAGGUUCUCAAGGACGACGAGCUCAAGGACUUUGACAAGAAGAAGGAGUGCGAGGAAGUCGUGGGCAACUUGUCGGAAGAAGCCUUUGGUCAGCUCGUCAACCUGUCGAAGAAGCUGACCGACUACGAAGAGGAUGCGGGUGCCCAGGGUGGCGAUCCAGACGCGGACAGAGGCAUUGGUGCCAUCGAUGAGGACACGGGCGUGGCCGUCAUGUUUGACAACGAUGAGGACGGGAGCGACGAUGAAGAGGAGACCUACGUAGUCCGUGAAGAGUCAGACGAUGACGAUGACGAGGCAGGCGAUGAAGAUGAUGCCAGAGAGGGGCCCGAUGGUGCUGCUGGUGUGGACGAGAGUGCUGCCGGCACCGACGCAGUCAGGAUUGGCGAUUCAGCUUCUGGAUCAUCCAGCAAGCGGAAAAAGGGGCAGGAGGGUCUCGUCUCUGCCCAUGACAUUGACGCUUUCUGGCUGCAGAGACUCGUUUCCAAGCACUACCCCGACGCCCACGAAGCCACAGAAAAGGCAAAUGCGGCCAUGGACCUGUUGUCUUCGGAGAGCAACGUGCGCGAUUGCGAAAACGGGCUCAUGGAGCUCUUUGACUAUGACAAGUUCGAGGCUGUCGAGGUGCUGAUUAAGCACCGCGACCUGGUCGUAUGGUGCACCAAGCUUGCGAGGGCCGACGAGGAGGAAAAGGUCAACAUCGAGGUAGCGAUGCGAGAAAGGGGCCUCGGCUGGAUCCUCCGCGAGCUGCGUGGUGGUGGUGGCGAUGGUCCUUCGACAUCAGCUGCGGCCCGAGGCGGCAUGGUGCCCAUGGACCUGGACGACGAGGCAAAAGCGCGCGCGCGAAAGAUUACCACGAAAGCGACGCUCGCGCCGGGCACCACGGUGGCUCCUCGCAAGGGCGUUGACCUGGAAGCGAUGGCCUUUAGUCAGGGAGGGCACCUCAACUCCAAUGCAAAGGUCCGACUUCCCGAGGGCAGCUUUAAGCGAUCAAAGAAGGGCUAUGAAGAGAUCCACGUCCCAGCACCCGUCAAGAAGACGGUUCCCGACGAGGAGAUUGUCCCCAUCGCCAGCUUGCCCGUUUGGGCCCAGGCCGCUUUCCCUGGAGCUACUUCGCUGAACCCGGUCCAGUCGCGCUGCUACCCCGUGGCAUUUGGCGAAGACGACCCCAUGCUGUUGUGCGCGCCUACAGGUGCAGGCAAGACCAACGUGGCCAUGCUCACCAUCCUUCACGAGAUUGGCAAGCACCGCGACGAGAAGACGGGCCAAUUGGACCUCAACAGCUUCAAAAUCGUCUACGUUGCUCCCAUGAAGGCCCUCGUCGCCGAGCAGGCCGCCAACUUUCGGGAUCGACUGGCGCCCUUUGGCAUCGUGUGCAACGAGCUGACGGGCGACAGCCAGCUGACAAAGGCGCAGAUUGCCGAAACGCAGAUCAUCGUCACGACGCCAGAAAAGUGGGAUGUCAUCAGCAGAAAGAGCUCCGACACAUCCUACACCAACCUCGUCCGCCUCAUGAUCGUCGACGAGAUCCACUUGCUGCACGAUGACCGAGGGCCAGUGCUGGAGAGCAUCAUUGCCCGCACUAUUCGUCGCAUGGAGCAGCUCAACGAGCCCGUCCGUAUCGUCGGUCUGAGCGCGACGCUUCCCAACUACAAGGACGUGGCUACCUUCCUGCGCGUCAACCCCAAAAAGGGCCUCUUCUACUUUGAGGCGUCCUAUCGACCCUGCCCGCUCAAGCAAGAGUACGUGGGUAUCACAGAGAAGAAGGCCAUCAAGCGGUUCCAGGUCAUGAACGAAGUCACCUACGAAAAGACGCUGGACCAGGCCGGCAAGAACCAGGUGCUCAUCUUUACGCACUCGCGAAAAGAGACGGCCAAGACGGCAAAGUUCAUUCGCGACCGAGCUAUGGAGAAUGACACACUCUCAAGCUUCCUGCCCCAGAGCUCGGCCAGCCGCGAGGUAUUGCAGACAGAGCUGGAAAACGUCAAGGAUCCCAAUCUGCGAGACGUGCUUCCGUACGGAUUCGGCAUCCACCACGCCGGCAUGUCGCGACCCGACCGUCAGCUCGUCGAAGACCUCUUCCGAGAUGGCCACCUCCAGGUUCUCGUCUCAACAGCAACUUUGGCCUGGGGAGUUAAUUUGCCGGCACACACGGUCAUCGUCAAGGGCACGCAGAUCUACAACCCUGAGAAAGGCCGAUGGUGCGAGCUCUCACCCCAAGACAUGCUUCAGAUGCUUGGACGCGCUGGACGGCCGCAGUACGAUACGUUUGGCGAAGGUAUCAUCAUCACCAACCACGGCGAGCUGCAGUAUUACCUCAGCCUGCUCAAUCAGCAAUUGCCCAUCGAGUCGCAGCUCGUGUCCAAGCUCGCCGACAAUCUCAAUGCUGAGAUCGUCCUGGGAACGAUUCGCAACCGAGACGAGGCGGUUGCAUGGCUGGGCUACACGUACCUCUACGUCCGCAUGCUUCGCUCUCCUUCCUUGUACAGCGUCACGGCCGACUACGCUGAGGACGACGCAUUCCUGGAGCAGAAGCGCGCUGACAUUGUGCACUCCGCUGCUGCCCUGCUCGAAAAGUGCGGCCUUGUCCGCUACGACCGCAAGACUGGACAAUUUACGACAAACGAGCUCGGGCGGAUCGCUUCGCACUACUACAUCACUCAUUCGAGCAUGGCGACCUACAACCAGCACCUUCGCCCACACCUGGGCCUCAUUGAGAUGCUGCGCAUCUUUGCCCUCUCCGACGAAUUCAAGCACCAGGUUGUGCGACAGGACGAGAAGCUCGAAGUGGGCAAGCUGCUCGAGCGGGUUCCUGUGCCAGUCAAAGAGACGCUCGAUGAUGCGGCGGCAAAGGUCAAUGUUCUUCUCCAGACUUGGAUCUCGCAGCUGAAGCUUGAGGGUUACGUCUUGGCUGCCGACAUGGUCUACGUGACGCAAUCGGCAGGGCGCAUUCUGAGGGCUCUCUUCGAGAUUUGCGUCAAGCGAGGCUACGCAAGGCUCAGUCAUGUCGCUCUGGACCUCUGCAAGAUGGUUGAUAGCCGACAGUGGAGAUCGAUGACCCCUCUCCGACAGUUCAAGGGCGUUCCUGCCGACCUGGUUCGAAGAUUGGAGCGAAAAGAGUACCCCUGGGCCAGACUGCGAGAUCUGGAGCCAAAUGAGAUUGGCGAACUUAUCGGCUUGCCAAAGGCCGGACGACUUGUCCAUCGACUUGUCAACCAGUUCCCUCGUCUGGAGCUCCAGGCCUUCUUCCAGCCCGUCACACGCUCGCUCCUGCACGUCCAGCUCACGAUCACGCCCGACUUCCAGUGGGACGAACGUAUCCAUGGAGGCGCACAGGCGUUCCACAUCCUCGUCGAGGACGUGGACGGCGAGGUCAUCCUGUUCCACGACACCUUUGUUCUCUUCAAGCGGUAUGCUGAAGAAGAGCAUACAAUUACCUUCACCGUCGCCAUGACCGACCCGGUGCCGCCCAACUACUUUAUCAGCGUCGUCAGCGAUCGAUGGCUUCAGUCUGAAGUGCGGCUGCCCAUCUCCUUCAAGAAUCUUAUUCUGCCCGAGAAGUUCCCGCCUCAUACGCCCCUGCUCGACCUGCAGCCGCAACCGGCAUCAGCACUGGGAGACUCAUACGAGGGCAAGCUCACGCAGCUCAACAAGAUCCAGACGCAGACCUUCCACGCCCUGUACGGGACUGACGAUGGUGUCUUUGUUGGUGCGCCUACGGGGAGUGGCAAGACGCUCUGUGCUGAGCUUGCUCUUCUUCGUCUGUGGAACAACAAGGGUCAAGGCAAGAGCAGGGCUGUGUGCCUGGUCCCGUACGAAGUCAUGGUCGCUCCGCGAGUGACGGAGUGGAAGCAGCGCUUCGCCUCUCGAAACGUCGAAAUCGCGGCUCUCACCGGUGAGACGAGCGCAGACCUGCGACUUCUCGAGCUGGCCGACGUGAUUGUUGCCACGCCCGAGCACUGGGACGUCCUGUCGAGGCGAUGGCGGCAACGGAAGAACGUGCAGUCGGUCAGUCUGUACAUUGCUGACGAGGUGCAAAUGCUUGGCGACUGGAAGGUGGGACCAACUUAUGAGGUAGUUCUGUCGCGAGCGAGGUUUGUGGCUGCCCAGACAGGCAACGCCACCCGUUUCGUCGCUCUGUCCGUGCCUCUCGGCAAUGCUCGUGACUUGGGUGACUGGCUCGGAGUGUCCAGCGCAAACGUCUUCAACUUCUCACCCAGCGCACGACCUGUGCCGCUCGAGGUGCACCUGCAGAGCUUCAACAUCCCCCAUUUCCCCUCGCUCAUGGUCGCCAUGGCCAAGCCUGCAUACCUGGCCAUUGUCGAACAGGCUCCAGCUGGCGCCCCCGUCCUUGCAUUCGUGCCCUCGAGACGGCAGGCCAUUCUCACGGCCAACGACCUCUUGGCUUAUGUCGUUGCAGACGGCAACCGCGACGACGAAGAGGAACUAUCCUCCCAGUCGCGCUUCUGCAACAUCGAGGCCGCUGAGCUCAAGCCGCAUCUCGAUCGUAUUCAGGACAGUGAGCUCGCCGAAGUGCUCCAGUACGGCAUCGGCUACUACCACGAAGGCCAGUCGCGCAGCGACAAGCGCAUCGUCGAGCGUCUCUUCCAGGCGGGCGCGAUCCAGGUCGUCAUUGCCUCCAAGGAGACAGCGUGGAGCAUGCCGCUGCAAGCGCACCUGGUGCUCAUCAUGAGCGUGCAAUCCUACGACGGCAAGGAGCACCGCUAUGUCGACUACCCCUUGACCGAUGUGCUACAGAUGAUGGGGCGAGCCCUCGUUCCCGCCGGAGACGCCGAUGACGGCGACGAUGAUGGGGACAAUAGGGCCCGCUGCGUGCUCCUGUGUCAGCAGACUCGCAAGGACUACUUUAAGAAGUUCUUGGGCGAGGGCCUGCCGAUCGAGAGCCGGCUGCACGCCUUUGCGCACGACUUUUUCAACGCCGAGAUAGUGGCGAGGACGAUCGACGACAAGCAAAGCGCCGUCGACAUUCUCACAUGGACGCUCAUGUAUCGCAGGCUGCAGCAGAACCCACAAGCAUACAAUUGCCAGGGCACGACGAUGCAACACAUUGGCGACUUCCUCUCGGAUCUCGUCGAGACCACGCUGGCCGACCUCGAAAGUGCAAAGUGCAUCGCGAUCGAAGACGAGAUGGACGUCGCACCCCUGAAUCUGGGCAUGAUUGCCAGCUUCUACAAUGUCUCGUACGUCACCGUCGAUGUGUUCAACAUGUCGCUCAAGGAGCGGACCAAGCUCCGCGGCCUGCUCGAGAUCGUUUCGUCAGCCGCCGAAUUCGAGGAUGUGCCGAUCCGGCAGCACGAGGACGUCGUGCUGCGACGCAUCUACGAUCGCGUCCCCCACAAGCUCGACAAGGUCAACUUCAACAGCCCCUACCACAAGGUGUUUGUGCUCCUUCAGGCUCACUUUGCGCGCAUGACGCUCCCCACCGAUCUGGCAGCGGACCAGCGAGGGGUGCUGCAAAAGGUCCUCAACCUGCUCUCGGCCUGUGUCGACGUGAUGAGCUCCAAUGCGUUCCUGAACGCAAUCGUGGCCAUGGAGCUGAGUCAGAUGUGCGUCCAAGCCGUCUGGGAUCGCGACUCGCCGCUGCGCCAGGUGCCCCACUUUACGCAAGACGUCAUCGCGCGAUGCCAUGCCCUGGGCAUCGAAGACAGCGUCUAUGCGCUGUCGGAUGCGCUGCCGGACAUGGACGACGCCGGGCGGGACAAGCUGCUGCAGAUGGACAAGCGCCAAGUGGCCGACGUGGCCCGAUUCACCAACUCGUAUCCCUACGUCGACGUCACGUUCGAGGUCCAGGAGGCCGAGUCGCUCGUGUCUGGCUCGCCCAUCACACUCCAGGUGGAGCUGCGCCAGGACGACGACGACGAAGACGAAGACGAAGACGACGAAGCAGAUGACGGCGGCGACGAGGUGGACCCAACGGUGGUUGCGCCCUUCUACCCUAACAAGAAGCUCUGCAACUGGUGGCUCAUCGUCGGUGACCCGGGCACACGCAACCUGCUGGGCAUCAAGCGAAUCACGCUCACGAGGAAGAAGCUCGCCGUCAAGCUCGACUUUACGCUGCCCAAGGGACGCCACGAGCGUCUGAAGCUCUUCCUCAUGGCCGAUGGCUACCUCGGCGCAGAUCGAGAACUGGCGCUCCCUGCCCUCGACGUGGCCGAAGGCGAGGACAGCGACGAGGACAGCGACGAGGAGGAAGAUGACGAAGAAGAGGAAGAAGGAGAAGAGGAUG